CAGCAUUUCGACACCGGUGGGGGGGUUGUCUGUUUUUUUCUGUCUCUAGUUUUGAGGAUAUAUUUCCCGAUAUAUCCCCAAUUUUCUGACAUUUAAUGACAGUCGACUCUGAGCUAUUUAUGCCUAAAAAUAAAGCACCAAAAAUGGAUGACCUGGACUACAUCCCAGUAGACCUGAGCCCAGAGGAGCGCUCCGAGCUGGAGGACAUCCGCAGGAGGAAGGGUGUCCUCUUGCAGGAGAUCCAGAGGCUCAGGGAGGAAUUACGAGAGGCAAUUUUAGAGGUAGAGGGACUGGAGACCAGUACAGAGGGCAGCAAAACUCUACAGAAAAGUAGACAUGUGGCUAUGGGACGCAAGAAAUUCAAUAUGGACCCAAAAAAGGGGAUUUUGUUUCUGGUGGAAAACGAGCUGCUCAGACACACAGCAGAGGACAUCGCACAGUUCUUGUACAAGGGAGAAGGCCUCAACAAGACCGCAAUAGGGGAUUACCUGGGAGAAAGAGAUGACUUCAACAUCAAAGUGCUUCAAGCUUUUGUUGACCUCCAUGAGUUCACCGACCUUAACCUUGUGCAGGCCCUCAGACAGUUCCUGUGGAGUUUCCGUUUGCCAGGCGAAGCACAGAAGAUUGACAGAAUGAUGGAGGCCUUUGCUCAGAGAUACUGCCACUGCAACCCUGGUGUCUUCCAAAGCACAGACACGUGUUACGUGCUUUCGUUUGCCAUAAUUAUGCUGAACACAAGCCUCCAUAACCCGAAUGUGAGAGACAAACCCGGACUGGACCGUUUCAUCUCAAUGAACCGCGGGAUCAACGACGGGGGAGACCUGCCGGAGGAGCUGCUCAGAAAUCUGUAUGAAAGCAUUAAAAAUGAACCGUUCAAGAUCCCGGAGGACGAUGGUAACGACCUGACGCACACGUUCUUCAACCCAGACAGAGAGGGCUGGCUGCUUAAGCUUGGAGGAAGAGUGAAAACUUGGAAACGCCGAUGGUUCAUCCUCACAGACAACUGUCUUUAUUACUUUGAAUACACCACAGAUAAGGAACCACGAGGUAUUAUUCCCUUGGAAAAUCUUAGCAUCCGUGAAGUAGAGGACCCAAGAAAGCCUAACUGCUUCGAGCUGUACAUCCCCAACAACCGCGGACAGCUCAUCAAGGCGUGUAAGACGGAGGCUGAUGGGAGGGUGGUGGAAGGAAACCACAUGGUGUACCGUAUCUCUGCACCCACACCGGAGGAGAAGGACGAGUGGAUCCACAGCAUCAAAUCUGCGGUCAGUGUGGAUCCGUUCUAUGAAAUGCUUGCUGCCAGGAAGAAACGUAUAUCACUGAAGAAGAAAGAGGAGCAGCCCUAGGUUACGUCUAUGUUCCUCUUCCUCUCACAUCAUCUCUGCUGCUCGCUCCUCUCUUUAACCUUUCUUCCUCCUCCUCAUUCUUCCUGAAAAUGCCUCCUCUUCCACUUGCAAGGACCCCUUGCUGUCCCGACCGCCAGACUCUUUUAAAAAGCUGCAACCGGAUCGAAUGGCUUACCUGCUGAGGCUGCCGUUCACAGUACUGCUGUUGCACUCAACUUAAUACAAUAAUCCCAGAGCACAAACAAAUUUUUGCCAUCGUCUCACCAUCACUCCCACUUAAACAGGCUGGAAAGAAUCUUUAAGACUGUAUUCACACUAGAAAUUAUCUUCUUUUUUUUGCACACUGGAUUGGCAUUUUAUACACAUCAAAUCACUUUAAUGUAAUUGUUUUGUUUUUUCAGAUUGCUUUAAUUUUUGGGAACGAUGUCGAGCAGUUUAAAAGGUUUACCAUCUGGGCUGAGAAUCGCCAUGAAUCAAGAAGUCAAAGAUUUUUCCACCUUGGUUUGAAUACAGUUUUAUUCAGGGUUGCAAGAAGCUGCAGUUUCAUGAAGUCCUAUUUUAUUAUCAUCAGUGCCGCCUUAAUAAGAUAUUCCCUUUGUUGAUUGUGCAUAGCCAAGACAAAAUGUGAAGUACUAACAAUAGGUUUUCAUUCUGAUAGAGCUGCAAAUUUGCAAACUAAUUUAAUAUUCCAAAUGGCAUAAAAUUCACAUCCAAACUUAAAUACUGAAGUAUAACAAGGUAAAUGUUAUUAAUGUAUAUUUUCACUGGAUUUCAUAGUGGAAACACAGCGUACAGUAUGAACUUUAGCAUGUUUCUCAACAUGUUUGAGCAAUAGCAGAGUAGAGUAUUGUUGUCUGGAGGCUUGUUGAAUCUUUAUCUGUACAGAGCAGCUCUCAUCGUGUCUUUUCAGAAUUAACGUAACGGCAUGAAACACAAGUUUUCUUUUUUUGUGUAGCACUACAACAACUCAACAUCUGUUUAAUUAACUCUGUCCACCAACCUGGGUUCUGUGAAGUCACAAAGGCAGCUCUUUUCAUUGUACACUUUUUGUAAAUAGACGUUAGCAUAUUUGUUUAUGAAACACAUAGAUUUGAUUUAAUUUAUUCUUUAUCUUUUGUUAAAAUCAGAUUUUUUUUGUACGAGCUACUGUUUUACUGCAUGUCGAUGAACGGAAGGAUCAGUCAUAGGUACUGAUGCAUGGUUGACCAAGUUAGUGCACUGAUUUGGAAAGUGUUCGUGUUUCCUGGUGACAUGGAAAGAUAGCAUUUAAUACUGAAGUUGGUUUGUGCAUCGAGUGAUCCUGCUUACCUUUAGAAAAUAUGAGAUUAUAUGUUUGACUUUUGUUUUUGUUUUUUCCUUCUUGAGGGAUUCAAACUCUAUAAAGCACAGACAGAGUUUGAUUCUCACACUCUGCUGCUCAGUGUCAAACUUAAAGGGCAUAUGUCAUCAUUUUGGUAAAAUUCUCUGUUUCAAAUAUGUUCAGGCUUCAGCUAAUUUACAUUUUAUGACUGAAAUUCAGAAAUGCAGAAAAACAACAGGGAGCUAAACCCAUUCAUUAAGAUAUAAGUAGCGAUAGCAAAGUCUUCACUUGAAUUUGAGUUCAUAAAGGGUAUAUUUAUUUAUGGUGAUUUAUCUUCAGAGGUUGAGGAGGUCGGGAGAAAUGUUAAGUGUGUUAAGUGGAUGAAAACCAAACAAACCAGCACCCCACAGAUAGAUUUAAAAGUGCGUGUGAUGAGUCCAUUCUGAGUGUAAUUCACCAUCCUGAGCACUUGUAACAAAUACUCUAAAAGAUAAUUUAACCAUUCGGAUUGAUGCUUGAAUAUCUGUCCCAACAUUUUAACUCAGAUGUGUACAGGCACAUUACGCCCAACAAAAUAACUUAGUUUUAUUGACACCAUCUCCACAUGUCCAUCCUGUUCCACCUUGAAAAGUAACUCCAAGCGGAUCAUACACGUUUUAAAAAUACUGACGUACAACCUGUUAGCUACUAUCUUCCAAUGCAUUGGAUUUGGCUAAGAAUAUGUCGAAGUAACUGUCAGAGGAAGGGAGAUGGUUAAU